AUGCCGAGUGAUUCUAACGAAGUUACCACAAACGGAAACUUCACAAAACUAAGUGUAGAUGAUGAAGGGUUCCAAAAAGUGUUAACAUCAUCCGAAAGAAGAGUGUUGAAAAAGAAACAUAACGAUGUGAAGAGAUUUACACUGUCAGACUGUAAUUCUCUGGAAAACUCAAUACUGUCAAGACUAAAAAAGAGAGGACUGGACCUGACGAACGAUCCAGAAUACUCGAGCGUGGAGUCGAGCACAAUAGACGCAGACGAGCUGUCAGCAAUGAUAUCGGACAUAGAGGAAGCAAUAGUAGGAGUGUUGUUCGACGCACAGAAGCCAGACCAAAACCUGACAAUAGCAGAACUGGACAACAGAAUAAGAACAGCAAAAAAUAACCUGUCGCAAAUGAAAACGAAGAAAAAGGGAACAUUUUCGAAAGAUGAACUGGAAAACGCAACACAAGAAACAGAAGUGUACAUCGCGUACCUACAACAGCAAAUAGCACUCACGCGAGAAUAUCAAAAGUUAAAAAACGCACAAAACUCACUGACGAAGCUAAAGUCGAGUCUAAAAGAAGCACUGAACGUAAAGACGAGAUUGAGAACAACAGUAGCAAAGAAUGAAAAGAAAACAACAACGUCGAACUCUGAAACGAAGCUAUUCGGAACGACCAAGAGAACAGUAGACUACAUCUACGAGUUCAUAAAGGAAAUGAAGGAUAGACACGGAGAAACGUUUGAAGCAAAUGACCUGACGAGCCAAGAUCACAAAAUGGCAGACGGAACGAAGUUUUUGCCUCCGUACACGUUUCUGCAGAAGGUGAAACAGAAGUUUGACGUCUUCAUCGACAAGUCGGGAACGAAGCCGCUGCUGCUCUCAGUCUACGGAUGCACGAACGACGUAAAAAACUGCGUGGAGUACCUGGCGAGUCUGGACCUGUCGACAGAAAAUAAGCUAAACCUGACGUUCUCGAAGUACAGGCCGCUGCUGGAGCUGGAGGAGACGUACAACGUGCUGCUCAACUAUAACUCAGGCACAGUGGAAGUGCUGGGCUCGCCAGAAGACGUGAAGACGUUCCUGGAGUACGUGGAAACGAACGUGGCGGACACGCACCUGAGGGACAGCUUGAGAGAUAAGGAGGGCUCGAACAAGGUGUCAGAAAGCACAGACUCGACUUCGGACAACGAUAAGAUGUACGACUACUACGUGCUGAGAGCACUGAGCGGAAAGUUCAGGUCGAACGUGCGCGAGCUGGAGACGGAGUACGGAGUAGGAAUCAAGUUCGACCUGACGCCGAGAAACGGGUACGCAAAGGUGUCCUUCGUGCCACUCCUGGACAACACAGUGGACAAGUGCAUGGACAAGUUCACGAGUUACGUGGAAGAGUACGCGCACAAGGACCUGGGAAAACUGACAAACGAGGAACUGGCGUUCCUAGCAGACAACGACGUAUUGAAGAAGCGAUACAGGUCGCAGUACACGACGCUGGUGAAGGUGGGAGACAAGGUGUUCGUAGUGGGACUGAAGAAGUACCUGAACUUCGGAUUCAACAGAGCACAGCAGCUGCUGGAGUCGAGGAAAGUAGCACCACAGAAGAUUAAACUUACGAGUUCACAGUACCACCUGCUGCUGCCGCACCUGCAGUCACUGCAGGACCAGAAGGGAGUGUACGUAAGCACGUCGCAACUAAACGGACCGAGAGAGUCGAAGGGAGAAAAAGAGUCGAAGACAGAAGAAAGUAAAGAAAAAGGAAUAAAAGAAAAAGAAAUACUACUCAACAUAUACGGAAACACAGCGCAGCAAAAAGAGUGUAUAUCUGUAAUAAAUGAGAUGCUUUCGUCAUUUGUAAGCAGCGAAGUAUACAUUUCAGGAGCGGAGUACAACGUCCUGAUGGAGGAAAAAGGUAAGUUGACAGAACUGGAAAGUAAAUACCAGUCAAAGAUGACACUCACAAAAAACACACUAAGCAUAUCGGGGCCGAAGACGCAGGUGGACACACUGCUAGAAAACCUGAACGAAAUCUUCAGCAAAGUAAUAUACCUCAACCUCAACGAACACACAAGCACAGUGAGCGCAAAAAAUGAAAGCACAGUGUACGCAGUGCUGACAGUGCCACAAAAAUCCCUCGGAAAAAUAAUAGGAAAAGGAGGCUCAACACUAAAGCAAUUACUGAUGCAAUCAUCACUGAACAACAUUAUCAUCACUAAGGCAAACGUAAACGGACCGACAAAGCUAGAAGGGCAGACAGGAAGAGAAAAGGAAAAAAAGAAUAAACAGAAGGAAAAGGAAGUGGACGCACUGCUGCUAAUAGGAAACAGUCUGGGAGUGCACUUCGCACUGAGCCUGGUGAAGCAAGUGGUGGAGUCAGACGAGGAACUGGCGCCGACGAAGGGAGAAAACAGAAGCCUCUACGACGAAUACACAAGCAAACACUCAAUCAUGCGAAGAACCACAGCGAACCACGUGACACACGCCUCGACGAAGGCGAAGCCGGACGAAAAACUCGACAUCAACGACCUCAUGAACUUCCCGUCACUCUAG